UGGGAAUUAACCAUCACGUCAAUGUCAGGUUUCAAUUUAUCCAUAUAUUUACCAUGAAAAUGGUGCAAAAAUAUCACGAUACGCUACAUGCAUACACAUUACGAUUACGUUACAAUAUGAAAAUCACGAAUCAAAAACGCACUGGAACUUACGACAUUGUAGAAGGGAGUGCAUUUAGAUGUCAAUCAAUUUAUCGCAGGUUAGUACCCAAAACUUGCUCAUACUGUAAUGCAGGAGAUUUCCAAGUAGUGAUGAGAAUGAACUUAAUAUUUACCCCCUUUCCACGAUUUUACAUAAUAUCCGUAAUAUAAAGAAUACAAAUUUGCGUGUCAGGUUAGAGGUACACACAUAAAUAAGUGGUUCAUUAGUUUUUAUUGAAAAAAUAUCAGAGAUAGCUCUUUAGCAUGAAUUACAUCAUCACAAUAUUUUAUCUUAUACUUCAUUUGAUUCAGUACGAAAAUUUGUUCAACUGAAACGGUCACCUUGCCAUGAAGAGAAUAAAUCUGUAUUUCGAUUUUACAUUUCCUUCCCCUUCGAUCAACCUCCCUCCCAAAAUUAAGAGCUCACUAACCCCUCUUGAGGGGGUUAAAGUAAACAAGACGUUGAAUUUCUUUAAACCACUACACGUUCGAAAUCCAGAUUCCAUUUCAGCUGAGAAGCUCUCUGAAAAUGCAAUCUCGUUAAGCCAUUGGCUGGAGAUGGGCUUUCCGUCCAUGUUGGUGCCUGAAUAUUCGGCAGAAAUUGGCAAGCAGGUUAUGUCCGGUUUGCUCUGGAUGUUACCAGAAAUGACGCUGGAUGAUCCCGUUGUUCAAGUAACGGCCAAGACAUUGGCGUUAGCAGGGAUUUACGACGAUAUUUUGGACACGGGUGGAAAAUUCAUUGUGGAAGAAUUUCGACCUGUGAAAGAAAAAAUGAUUAAAUCCGUUCUUGCCUUGUUACGAUUAGGAUUAGAAAUGGAUCUCUAUGCAGCAGAGUCCAUCCGGGUGGAACCAUUCAUUCAAAAAUUUUGCAUUUUGAUCAUAAAGAAUUUUAUGGAUUUAGGUCUAACAAAUCCAGGAGACUUGGCACCUAGAAUUAUAAGCCAAAUCAGCACAGUUGCGUCAAAUAUGAUGACAUGUGAGUGGAUUUCAAAAAAUCAAGUGCAUCACAGCCCUCGCAGGUAUUCGAUGGAUGUUGCAAGACGUUUUCGUGUUCAGGACGACGCCUUUUCAAUGUUUGCCGAGCAUUUCUACAAUGUCCGGUAUGGUCUUUUACCAUCCUGGAUUUUGGCAUCCCCACAAUUCCAAAUGUUUAAAAAUAUAGCGUGCCAUAUUUCAUCCGGGCUAAAUGAUGUCCUCGGAUUUAAGAAGGACAUUAUAAAGGGCGAGGCUGAUGGGAUGAUUAUGCUACGGAUUGCAUGGGGCGAAAGCCCUCUUCUAGUUUUAGAGGACGAGUUGAGAAUUCUACAAGAGUACAUUGAGGAUUACAUGAAUCUGAGGGACGAACUCUGUACCAAUUUUCCGGAAGCUGACAACUAUGUGGAAAUGGUGGACUCGUAUAUUUACGGCUAUUUCCAGGGGAUGAACAAUUCAACCAGAUAUUUGUUGGAUGGCGUGAUCCAUUUGGGUGACAAUCCGUCAGAUUGUGUUGUUACCAACUAACUAUUACAAACGACCUGUAAUUUGACAGCUAUCGACAAUUUGUGCUUCCUUUUUCAUGCAGUGCUUUUCAUGCUGUGCAGAUUUAUGUAACAUUUUCAUGAUCAUAUUUAGCAGCGACAUUCAUAAUUACUUACGAAUUUAUAUAUCGUUUUAUUAAAAAUUUCCUUAUUUGUACCGCAUUGGGACAAUUAAUUUA